CAGCAACCGGGGAGGGUAAUGCGUCUGAUUCUUUCUGGGCUGUUUCAUGCACACUGCCGCUGAUACGCCUAGCCAAGCAAACACGGAACUCCUCCGAAUUUGAAAGUCUUUUUUUCGGCGAAGAUGGCAGCCAUCAGGAAGAAGUUGGUCAUAGUCGGCGACGGCGCGUGCGGUAAGACGUGUCUCCUCAUCGUCUUCAGCAAGGACCAGUUCCCGGAGGUCUACGUCCCCACCGUCUUUGAGAACUACAUUGCCGACAUCGAAGUGGAUGGCAAACAGGUGGAACUGGCGCUGUGGGACACGGCAGGUCAGGAAGACUACGACAGAUUGAGGCCUCUCUCCUACCCGGACACCGACGUUAUCCUCAUGUGCUUCUCCAUUGACAGCCCUGACAGCCUCGAGAACAUUCCGGAGAAAUGGACGCCCGAAGUGAAACAUUUUUGUCCCAACGUCCCCAUCAUCCUUGUGGGUAACAAGAAGGACCUCAGGAAUGACGAAAACACACGGCGAGAGCUGGCCAAGAUGAAACAGGAACCGGUCAAGUCGGACGAAGGCAGGGACAUGGCCAACCGCAUCGGCGCCUUCAGCUACCUGGAGUGCUCGGCCAAGACCAAGGACGGUGUGCGCGAGGUCUUCGAGAUGGCCACCAGAGCGGCGCUGCAGGUUCGCAAGCGCAAGAAGAGGCACGUGUGCCAGCUCCUGUAAAGAGUACGGCCGGGGCAGCGCCCCGCGAUACCGCAACAGAUGCACGAUGCAGCUACGCCGCUGAUGGAUUUGAAAGACUUGGCGCACUUUUAUGGCGCACCAGCCUGGUGCGCUUCACCUUCGUCCUUCUACUCUUUUAUUAUUUAUAUGUGCAUUUACUUAUCAAAUAUAUCACAUGUGCCUCUAAAAUGACUGGUGAGGUGAUGAGAUUGCUUUUUUCAUUUGAUCUCGCAUCGUUAACAUCUGAUUUUUAGGGAUGUUAUUAACGAGUAUCCGUUACGGAUCAUGUAUUUUUAGCCACUCCGAGUAUGGAUACGGAUAAUUUAGAUGGGUGAGCACAUACAGAUAGUGGUGUACUCGCUCAUCCCGACUGCGUUUCAUUAAAUUGACAUGCCGUUUGUGCUACUCGGUCUUACAAGCAUUGAGAUUUCCCCUACUUGUUCAAAUCCGCAUCCGCAUUCAAAGCAGGUAUUGUAGCACGUGGCGAUAGCCGGCACCGGGAGUGAAGACAGUGGGCCGUUGUCCCAGAUACAACGCUUAGAACAGAGGUAGGGAACCUAUGGCUCGGGAGCCAGGUAGGGCUCUUUUGAUGACUGUAUCUGGCUCUCAAGCAUUUCUUACCACAAUAAAAAUGUAUUUUUGCUAACAUUUUAAAGUAAACCAUGACAGAAAUGAUAAUAUAAUAAUAUUCAAAAUCAACAACUUUCUUAUGCAUUUUAACCCUUGUAUUAUGUUGCGGGUCAAUUUGACCCGUUUCAGUUAAGGUUAACAAGGUUAACUAGCAUGAUUUGUUAACCCUUGUAUUAUGUUGCGGGUCAAUUUGACCCGUUUCAGUUAAGGUUAACAAGGUUAACUAGCAUGAUUUGUUAACCCUUGUAUUAUGUUGCGGGUCAAUUUGACCCGUUUCAGUUAAGGUUAACAAGGUUAACUAGCAUGAUUU